UUUACAGUAAUAAGCCUUUGACAAAACUAUAGAGCCAGAUCAGCCAACACAUUCAUGGAAUCAGAUCAGGCACUACACUGUUGGAAAUGUUUGAAAACUGAAAAAUGUCUGUUUGGUUUGUUUGUUGUUGGUUUGUGUGUAUGUGUUUUUUUUAAAGCUAGGCAAAAUUUAUGAGCUUCUUUUCAAGCUAAGGAGUGAUUCAUGUCAAGUGAAGCCAAAAUCAUUUUCGUUAAUUUUAACAUUCUUAAUAAAUAGGUUUGUACGAGAUGACUCUUUAAGUGUGCAGUUUAAAGGUGUCGAAGCGGUGAGCGGAAGUACGAAUUGUACAAUUUUACAUUUUGGUAACGUAGAAAAUGAUAAACUUUGGUACAGGAUUCCUUGCUCGGAGGAAGUUUAUUACUUUGUAUGUGAAGAAAGGUUUCAUUUUAAUAUAUCUACUGACGUAGAUAUAGAUAUAGAUGCGAGGGAAUAUCCUGAUACUGGAACGGACCUAUAUGAUAUCAGGCAUAUGCUAUUUGAAUGUUCCGAAGAUGAGUUUGUAUCUCCACUCUCAGUUUGUAACGGUGUUGUUGAGUGUUCGAACAACGAAGACGAACUUCACUGCAAAGAAAAAAGAAAUUGCACCAAAAACUAUUUCCAAUGCACGGAUGGCGAAUGUAUUCAUUCCAGUAGAGUAUGUGACUUUAGACAGGAUUGUGCUGACAAUUCCGAUGAAUAUUGUGAUUACCAGGCCUGUUCACUGGCAACGGAAUUUGAGUGCAAAAACUACCAAUGUAUUCCAAAGUACCAGGCUUGUGACGCUGUCCCACAUUGUGUAGACGGUAGCGACGAGAAAGACUGUGCAAACUGCAACAUAAGUGUAUCCUUUCCGUGUAUAGACAAACGCUGCAUUCCAAGGGAACUUCUUUUUGACAAUCAUCCAGACUGCUUAAAUGGCGAAGACGAAGAUUAUGGUAGAAGCUUUUACGAACUUCAUUCGUGUGAUGAUGUGCUUCUUGCUGGUAUCUGGGAAUCUGGAAUAUAUUAUAUAGCUACCAGAUGGACGGAGUGUAUAUUUGACUUUGACAAUCAAACAAUCACGAUGACUAUUUCAAAUAUAGAUUGGAGUCCCGGUUUCGAAGAUAGAAGUAUUUACUUGAUCCCGUCAAUGUUAGACUAUAAUGGUUACAUCUGUUAUCAGACGUUCCAUCUAGAUUUACCGAUAAGCAGAACUAUGCUUAGUCAAGACAAUAGUCUCUCUGAAUGGAAGGAAAAGAGUAUCAAACUUAUUGGUAACAGCACAGAGGCCAUUCUAAGAGGAACGCUAAUAAACCGAGAUGAAUUCACUGGAAAUGUGCAAGUCUCAUUUGGUACGAAUUACAAUCGACAGAAAUUAGCAUUUGGAAUUGGGCCAAUCACCUGUGUUAAAAAUUUGACAGACGGCAUCCGAACGAACUUGAUUGUACCAGAAUACAUUUCUGCACACGUGACUAAAGGGACCGAAUGGAGGAAUUUAACUUCUUGCGGCCUUCUAGCUAAACCAAUAUUUACAAAAAGAUCAUGUGUAUUUGAUGUUGACGGGCAAAAACCAGUUGAAGGUUGCAGAUCACUUGAGCAUCUUCAAAAUUGUGAAUUUAUCAACUGCGAACCGCAUUAUUUUAAAUGCCCCGGAAGCUUUUGUAUACCAUAUCAUUUUGUAUGUGACGGUCGGAUUCAUUGUCCAGAUUCAUUUGACGAAAGAAAUUGUUCUUCAGGUGCAAGAAUUAAAGGCAUACUUAUCUACUAUAUCGGUAAGGAUGCGGAAAUUGAAGAUGCAGCACACAACUUGGCUUCACAAAUGUUCUCAGAAGAUACACAUAUUCAAAUAUUUUUCACUGUUAAGCAUAACAUCAAAAUGACUGAAAAUGGCCAGUCUUCUGUAUAUUUGGUCCGAACAUAUAACGUGUUAUCAAUGACAGCACUUAGUAAGAAAUAUAAAAAGGAAUAUAAUAUUUCAAUGGAUAACUUUGAGAGUGAUGUCGAAAAGCUGAUACGUUUCAACGGCACGAAUGAGACUUUCUCCGUGUUCUUACAGAAUGGGGAGCUACGUAAGAAAGAAGAAGACCUUUUCCAUAAAUUUGAUGAGACGUUAGCGACUCAGUAUAGGUUCAGAAUAGAAAAAGACGGUUCUUUCUACAAAAAUCUACAGGUAUCAAUGUCAAAAGACGGAAAGACAAAAUAUUUAAAACUGAACAACUGGAAACUUUUAAGAAGUGGAGGGACAUUGCUUUUUCCAGAAAUAUUUAGUGCUAACCACGGUUGUCAUAAUGCAUUUCGAUGUAGCUUUAGUCACGUGUGUCUACCUUUUGAACAAGUUUGUGACGGACGAAAACAUUGUCCACACGGAGACGACGAGGAUCUAUGUCAUUUUGUUUGUCCUAACAAUUGCACAUGUGAAGGGUACAGCUCAUCAUGUCCCAGUCUACAGUACAAUGUUUUCAAUUCGAUAUCAAGUCUUGUACGAAUUCUAGAUAUAAACCAUUGUAAGGGUUUAAACGGAACGCUGGAUAUAAAAACAGACUUGUACUUUUUAAUAGAACUCAAUGUUUCAUUUUCAAACAUACGACUCAUCCAUAAUGAGUCAUUUGCUCAUACAAGAAAUAUUCUGAUUCUAGAUUUAAGUUACAAUUUACUAUCGUUUAUUCAAAAAGAGAUAUUCAAAGAUCUGAGGUUUAUAAGGAUACUUUUACUUGAGGGAAACGAACUCAUUUCUACAAUAGAACCAAACGCCUUUUAUGGUUUAGGACUAAAACAUCUUUCUGUUACACACACAAUGCUACAAGUUGUAUCCAGGCGAAUCUUUAAUGGAUUCAAUGCAACGAAACUAGAUUUAUCAUAUAACACUAUCGAAACAAUUGAAGACAAUGCAUUUGAGGGAUUGCACGUUGAAGAACUAGAUAUAACGUUUAAUCCCAUUAAAAACUUUGGAAAAGCAAUGUUUACAGGCGUAACCGGUUUGCAAAAAUUAAAAACUCCGAUGUACAAAUUUUGUUGCAUGCGCCCGAUUUAUUUGGAAGAGAAUAAAUGCUUUCCACAUCAAGAUGAGUUUUCAUCCUGCGGAGAUUUAAUGAGAAGAACCAGUCUACAGUUUUUGCUAUGGAUCAUAGCAGUUCUUGCUAUUGUUGGUAAUAUUCUGUCUGUGGUAUUCAGAAUGGUCUUCGACAAGAAACGCAUCAAAAUGGUGUAUGGAAUUUUCGUGACCAAUUUAGCAUUUUCCGACAUGUUGAUGGGAUUUUAUAUGCUUAUUAUAGCUAUUGCUGACAGACUGUACCAUGAUAGAUACAUAGAGGAAGACGAACGCUGGAGAAGCAGUGGAUGGUGCAGCCUGGCUGGAAUUAUGUCAACAGUCUCCUCCGAGGCAAGUGUCCUUUUCGUUUGCUUGAUUACUAUCGAUCGGCUCCUGGUUAUCAAAUAUCCCUUUGGUUCUUUUAAGAUAUCGACAAGGCAGGCUAAAAUUGUAGUGUCAAUUUGUUGGUCUAUUUGCUUGAUUGUUGCCGUUAUUCCAAUCAUUGAAUCUAAAUAUUUUGGAAACCAGUUCUAUUCAAAAUCAGGGGUUUGCCUGGCACUACCUCUUUCAAAAGAACGCUCCCCCGGAUGGCUUUACUCUGUACUCAUAUUUAUUGGAUUCAAUUUCGUUACAUUCAUCUUGAUCGCACUCGGUCAAAUUCUUAUCUUCUGCGAAGUGAGACGGGCUGCGUCAACUAUGAAAAAGAAGAGUUCUGCAAGACGAAAUGACCUGAAAGUUGCAAGAAAUCUUCUGCUUCUUGUCGGAACAGAUUUUGCCUGCUGGUUUCCAAUUGGUUGCAUGGGUAUUAUGACAUUACAUGGGUAUUCUAUACCUGGGGAGGUUUAUGCUUGGACUGCAGUUCUAGUUUUACCUAUCAAUUCAGCUAUCAAUCCAUUCCUAUAUACACUGAUGGCAAUCAUUAGCAAGAAGAGUUUUAACCCAAGUGAAGAUGAACAAUCGCGCCCUGAGGACAUUGAAGAAAAAAGGUCAGCAUUUUUGCGGGCAUGUCAAGGUCUAUGGUUCCCGGAUCCUGACAUCAAAUACGAAGUUCAUCAGUUAACUAGUGAUAUCAUUACGCAGUUGAAGCCUGCAGAGCGUUUGAUGAUCUUUGCUAAAAUGUUCAAAAGUUUACAUCUGCACCAUAGGCAUGGAUUGUUAUUCAAGAAUUUAGACACGGAAAAGGUUUUGGUUUACUUGCGAGGAGGGCAAAUCAUUAGUGGCGGUGGUCUUAGAAUCAUCCACAAACCAACGCCUUUUUCAAGAAAAACAGAAUCGAAGCAAGACAUGUACAUUGCGGGGAUACUUUUACGACCUUUAACAAAAUGAACUUCAUUAAAUAUAUAGAUUGUAAACAGAACGGCCGAGUCAACGCAUUUACACAUGCAUGCAAACAAAAUCUGAUUAAGAUACAACGGACUGAUGUUUUACUUAUUUUCUGAUAUUUGUUGUUGUCUGUUAUUUUAAUGCAUGUUUAUCGUCAGUGUUUUUGUAACCAAGACUUUUUUUAAAAAAUACCUUAUUUUAUCUUUAAACUGUUUUCAAGUGUUAUAUUUCCUGUUUUAAUUGUAUGUCCAAAUGAGACAAACUUGUUCAUAUAUGGACAAAUAUUUCUG